CAAAAAGUGAAACUCAAUCAACAAGUCAAAAAUGACGGAGCAGUUUUAGCUCAUCAUGCCAUAUAAAAUACGCCUAGUAGACUCAGUUGACUCAGCAGUACGUUAUUGAUAGUGUCGAUCAGUGUCACGCGUUCGAACGUAAAAUGGCAAAAUUCGAGUGUUUGUUUGUGUUGGCAGCCGUUUUGGCUGUUGGACUGGUUGGAGCCGCUCCUUCACCUCCAGAUCACGGUCACAAGGCUCCGGAACCAGCGCACGCACCGAAACCGGCAGAACAUGCCCAUGCAGCCCCAAGCCACGGCGAUGCCCAUGGAGCCCACAAGCACCCGGUUCCAGCACCACUGAAGUACCCUCACCACAAGCCUGCUGAACAUGGUCACGCUGCUCCUGCGCACCACGCCGCACCUGCUCAUCACGCGGCACCUGCUCAUCAUGCUGCUCCUGCGCACCAUGGAUACGUCGCCCCGGCCAUGCAUAAGGCCCCGGCUGCCCACGGCCAUCACGCUCCCGCAGCGCCAGCCCACAAGGGACAUGUUGCCCACGGACGGUCUUACGGUCACCACGGUUACCACGCCGAACCAGUGGCCCAUGGAUAUCACGCCGGUCACGAUGUCGUCCACCACGCCUACGCCGUGAAAGCACCCCACGUCAAGUGCGGAGCCAACCUGUUGGUAGGAUGCGCCCCAGAAGUUGCCCAUGUGCCAUGUGUCCCACAUAAACCCGCGUACGAGCACAAACCCCACUACUGA